AUGCGGCUGGUCCGCAGUCACUGGGUUCACGAAUAUGAUCCGACUAUCGAGGAUUCAUACUCCGUCACCCGCAACGUCGACGGUCUCCCCUACUUUCUUUCCAUCAUCGAUACUGCAGGCCAGGAGGAAUACCGGGGCCUAUGGACUGCCUCUACCCUGAGUUCGGAUGCCUUCAUCCUAGUCUACGAUAUCACCAACCCUUCGAGUCUCGGGACGCUCGAUCAUUUCAUGGACAUGAUACACAUGGAGGCAGAACAACGCGUCGAGGACAACAAUCGACUGCGGAAGGAAGUAGGAAAGAAACGUGGUCAUGUCGGGCAGGUCGGCUUACCACCGAUCAAAAUCGUCGCGGGCAACAAAUGCGAUCUGAGAGGCGACCGUGCGGUGACAUCCCGUGAAGGGCUCGAAUACGCGCGCAAACACGGCUGUGGCUUCAUGGAGACCAGCGCCCGCGAAAUGGUCAACAUUGAGGAGACGCUUGCCCACCUAGUCCGACGCGUUGUGGAGGCCCGACUGCAAAGCCACCGCGAGGGAUCUCACCCGGGGACUGAACCGUCGACGCACACCCUACCACCCACUGUAGAUGCGCUUGCAGAUAAGACCCGAUCUCAACGGAGUCGGGCAUGGGGAUUGAUCAAACGGAAGAGAACGGAACCGAGCGAAGAACAGGGUCAGGAACGAAGUGAACCACAGAACGGGCCCAAGCAGAAGGAACGCUAUUUGGCUGUUGAAUCCGACUUGAAAGAUUGUACCGAAACAUGGGCAGCACACGUCUACCUUUCGGGGUGA